GCAUAAUGUUUCGGCGCAAGCCAGCGGAAGAUCCGGUGAGCGUGGAGGCGGUAUGUAAGCGUGGGAGAAGGCCCACCAAGCCUUGUAGUUCUGUCGUGUACGUUAGCUUUGUUCGGUCUCCAAUACCAUCCCCUUCCAACGCAAUCUCACUCCGCCCUCUCGUGCCCCUCGCCGUGCCCCUCGGACAGGAACGAGCGCGAGCAAGAUGCUCAAGGUCGGCGGAUGGCUGGGCGGCGCGAAGAAUAAGAUUACCCAGGGCCAGACGAGGAGCCUGAAUGCUCUCGAUGAGCUUACGCAGAUCGAGGAUGCGAUGUCCGCGGUCACCUAUAUCAUGAAUGACGAUGUCGACGCCGCAGAAGCACAUCUCAGUAAAGGCAGCUCGCCCUUCCACCAGCUCGGGAAAGGCGUCGUGACAUUCAUGAGGGCUACUCUAGGCUUCGAGCAGGAGAUUAUGCGAGAAGCUUCCGAGCAACUGUCCAAUGCAGAAGCCUCCGCAUACGAGAAUCAGCGGCGCGCUCACCGCAACUCCAGCGCGUACCAGUCGCCCAUAUACCCUGCUGGAACUGAAUACGCGGUGUGCCUCGCUGAGGCGCAGCUGAUGAGCGCAAUCGUAGGCGUGAUGAAUGAGAGCUUGACGGAGGCCAUCAAGAGCUUUUAUAAGCUGCGGAAGGCAUAUCUCACGUUGGAGAGUGUCUUGGAUGCGGAGAAGAAGUUCUUAAAGGAGAGGAGUACGAGUAGUCUGGGUUCGACGAGCUCGACGAGCUUGGCUGGGUCGUCAAGACCUGCUUCUAAGGCAUCCUCAAAAACUGGGAGUCCAUUUGUCGGAGCAUCUCUUGCACCGGAGACAACUGCUGCUGGUGUUUCGGGGAUGGAGGGUCCUGUCCAGGACAAGGAGAUUAUCGAACCUGUAGCAAUACCAGCGGAGAAGGGGAAGGGCAAAACAGGCCAGGAUGACGAUGACGACGAUUUUGACUUCGUGGAUGCGGAUGAAGAGCACGCAGACUUGGAAACCCCAAUGGAGUAUAUGGGUCAUCUGAAUGUGCCAGCAGAGAAAGGACAGACAGUAGAGCUGAACAAUACCGAAAAAGAAGUGAAUCUUGGGGCAAGCUCAGCAAAGAAUCUUCCCUCUGCGGACGAGAAACUAGACACAUCUGUCCCAGAUGCUGUCGAAGACUUUGAACAGCUGACCUUGUCGGAGACUGUGAAGGCAAACGAAGACGUUUCGCUCUUUGGCGACCACCCCGUUGAUCUCUUCAUCAUCUCUGGAUCAAAUUUCUGUUUCGGCAUCUUACUUCUAAUGAUUUCCAUGGUUCCACCAGUGUUUUCGACCCUCCUGAAGAUCGUCGGCUUUAAAGGCGACCGAGAACGUGGCAUUCAGAUGCUAUGGCAAGCGACCAAGUUCCACAAUAUCCACGGUGCCAUGGCCGGUCUUGUGUUAUUCAUGUACUACCAAGGUAUCAUCGGCUUCUGCGAUGUGAUCCCACGGACAGGCGAGGGCUCGUACCCACGCGAGCGAUGCAAGGCGUUGCUGGCCGAGAUGCGGAAACGCUAUCCCCAAAGCCACCUCUGGCUCCUAGAAGAAGCACGCAUGCUCGCCUCGGAAAAGGAGCUCGAGGAAUCCGUGGCCUUCGCCGCCAACACGAAGUCCUCCAAGCUCCAGCAGCUCGAGGCCCUAGGCUGGUUCGAACGCGCGCUGCACACCAUGUACCUGCACGACUACGAAGCCACCUCCGCUGCCUUCCUCACAUGCAUCACCCUCAACAAUUGGAGCCACGGGCUCUACUACUACAUCUGCGGCGCGUGCCACGUCGAACUCUACCGGCGCGACAAAAACGCCCGCCCGCACGCUGCCAAAGUUCACGCCGCCAAAGCCGUCGAGCACUUCCAGCGCGUCGCCGCCAACACGGGCAAGAAGCGCUUCAUGGCGCGCCAACUCCCCUUCGACGUCUUCGUCAACCGCAAGAUCGCCAAGUGGGAAGACCGCGCGAAGGAAUGGAAGUGCGACUUCAUCGACGCGAUUGGCGUCUCACCUCUCGAGGAGACUAUCUACUUCUGGAACGGCUACAAGCGCAUGCGGGACGACCACCUCGAUGCCUCCCUCGCGAAUCUCGCCUGGAGUGAGAGCGAGCAGAACCCGCACUGGGCGCGGGAAUCUCUCGACGAGAAAGCCAUCCUCGCACUGCUUCGCGCAGCGUGUCUGCGGAGCAAGGGCGAGACGGAUGCCGCGAAGGAGAUCCUGACCAGGGAUAUCAUCGCGCAUGACCGGACGCUCUUCCGGGGUGCUGGCAAAGACUCGUGGACGGCGCCGUGCGCGCGGUACGAGAUGGCUGCUAGUAUCUGGCGGGAGGCGGAUGCGGAUGGGCGUCCGGAGACGCGUAGAGAGAUAUUAGAGGAGUGCAAGAAGUAUUUGAUUGAGGUCAGUGGGUGGGAGAGCUAUGAUUUGGAUGCUAGGAUUGGGAUGAAGGUUACGACCGCGAAGAACACGUUGAGGAGGUACGGCAUUGAGCUGUAGGAGACUCGAUGCGUGCUCCUGAUUCAUUGGAAGAGCUAGCAUCGUAUGCCAGUGCAGUGCGGUACAUCUAUGGGUGGGUGCUCCGGGCAAGCGGUCAUGUAGAGGCAUUGUCCGUGGCCAGGGGGUGUUCCAAUGCACGAUAAAUGACGUCUCCGGUGUAUAUCAAGACAUCUAUCGGAUCACGAGCAGACCUAGUGUUCCAUUCUGAUCAUUGUGAAGAUAAAUGGAACAGCUAUCGCCAUGCAUCCAAUUCACCCACACGUACUCCCACACAGUAGCUGGCACAGAACCCUGACGUCUUGAAUACCUUUUCCUGUAGGAACUCACUACAUGAUACGGUUGGGAAAGUCUAGUUUGAUAGCCUAUCCUGAAAUUCCAUAGCCCC